CUCAAGUUGUACCGCUCUGACUGAACUGUCACUGCCAUACUCACUGUACGGAACUACUUUGCCUUGUUGUAGUAUCUUCACACAGAAGCUUUGGCUUUGCGUGAUAUUCCAAGCUGACUUUCAGCUAGAUUUGCGCUGUCAUGGUGUGCUUUUUGCACAGCUCACGCUAGCAAAAAGCGUCCUUUGCAUCGGUAGAACAUUGAAUGCACGCACGAGCAUCAACCGUACUAGUGUUUCCUUUCUUCCUUGUAUAGCACCUCAGAGGCACCAGCUUCUGUAGCAAAGCUCAGGAGAGGUAGAGCUUGAUCGCAUGCGCUUAGAGGGAGAGACAUCUAGUGGACUUUCAAACGAAGAGCUUUUCCUUCACCUUGGAAGGUGGAGUAGUCGCCUACAGCUCACCUGGUGAAUGAUGUGAAGGAAAAGAUCGCCAUCUCUUUGCAGGGCUCCCAACGAAGCGUGAUCGCAAAGGUGCUAGCUGUUAGAACUUCAGCUCUAGAUUCACCACCUCGGAAACCUAGAAGAUCCUUCCGGCACGUACAUUGCACAUGUCGACUCUAUCCGUGCCAAGAAUCGCAUAGGCUCUGUAAGUCAACAGAAACUCAGUCCUUAGCAGGUCUUAGCGUUGCUGUCAUUUGUCCCACCUUGGACCAAGGGCCAACAAGCUGUGAUUGAUACUGCUUUUGCACAAUGACACCACUAAGAGCUGCUAAGCUGACCUUUCUGGGAGUUGUAGCUUCUUUAUCUUUGGUCUCUGCUGGUUAUAGUGUACAAAUAAGUGGAGGCCCUGUUGGAGAAUUGGUGUGCAAGCAAGCAUCCUGCACGGAUGUAACGGUACAAUUAACUACGGAUCAGCUGUCGCUGUUCUAUUACCAAUUUAGUGGGGACAGCGUCUUUGCUGGUCUGAAAUGGCAGCAAGUGCCAACAAUGGUGUUUACUAAGACGACGCCGCUUGUUCUGAGGAAUGUGUCACAAGGCCACCAGCUACUGCAGGUGAAGGCCGUCAACUUGAACAAGCAAGAGUCCAGUGUCGCGUCCUUUGAGUGGGACCAGACGUACAUCUUGCGCUACACCAACUAUCAACUGUACUGGCCAAAUGACAACACCCCAUACGUUCCCGGCCUGUUGCGGCGUAUGUCUACUCUCACCCCAACCAACGCCGCGGGCCCCCCUGUGUCGGUCUGGGAUUACCCUGUCCCGCCGCCAGCGAGUCCAGCCACUUUGGUCGAGCAGAGCGGCGUGCUCCUUUCAUGAGCCCUUCUCUUGACAGCCGGGAACAAGUAUUCUCUUUUAAGGUAGGAGCAGGGGGCCAAGGGGACAUUUAUUGAGAUUGGUCAUCAGACCGAUAGGCAACAUCGUUGUUGCUCCUGGCCAAUGCAAGUGUUUGGGCAACGUGUGAAGAAGCCGCGGCGGCUUGUGGCUGGCAGCUCGGAUCGAAUUGUCUGAUUCAAAGCUCCAGGCUAAGCGCGUUGGCCACUCCCCCAAAAUUGCGUGAUUUUCACAUCGAGCGCGAGAGAUGUACGUUUGCUUGUCAACCAGCGUGCCCGCUAAUAGUAUUGAUCGAUACCGACGGCUUGUAGACUUGCACCCAAAAGACCGCGCCUAACGCAGGAAGUGUACGAUAUACUCGGUGAAUCAUAUCGUCCGGUGGAGCUACUGGCUCUACGUUCCAAGGAGGUCUAAUUUUGAUUUUGAUUGAAAGGCAUUCAUCGGACAACUUACUAACAGAGGGUAGGAAUCCUUCAGAUCGGCCU